AAUGGAUGAUUUCUUCACUAAAUUUAAAGAUUUUUUCGAUAAAGUUAAAGACAUUACCAAUGUGAGAUUCACCUAUAUGAAAGAGCUAUAUAAUCUUGGCUUAGAAUAAUUUCCUGAUAACUAUGAAAUUCUGAACAUUCAAAAGAACAACUAAGCAAGUAUCCAGUAAGGUGCAAAUAAAUUCAAGAAGAACUGGACUGAUGAUGAUAAAAAAGUAUUAAUUUGGUUGGUUGGAAAAUAUUUAGCCUUUCAUAAACGAGAUUUUAAAUAGAUUGUAUUGAAUUGAUUCAUAUGAAUUUUAUAGAGUGAAUCUGAUUGGAUCAACAUAUCUUCCAUGAUGUAGAGAAGAGAGGCCUUUCAUUGUAAAUAGAAGUGGCUAUAAAUGUUAAGACUACCUUUACAAUAGGCUCCAUGGACUAGACAUGAAGAUGAUGCACUUCUAUUAAUUAUUCAAGAAUAUUAGAAAUUAAAUAAAGGAAACAAAUGGAGUUAGAUAGCCACAUCUCUCAACAAACGUACAGAUUCAAGUGUACAUAGAAAUGGGAAACAGUGUAGAGAAAGAUGGAAUAAUCAUUUAAAUCCAACUAUUAAUAGGUAAUUAUAUAAUUAAUAUUAAGAAAACCAUGGUAAUUAUCUGAAGAUUUAGAGCUUAUGAAAUUGGCCAUUUUAAAUGGAAAAAAAUGGGCUUAAAUUUCAAAAUAGUUAAAACUGUAAAGAAGUGAAAAUAAUGUAAAAAAUAGAUUUAAUUGUCUAAUGAGAAAAGAAAAAAACAAUAAAGUUUAAACAUCUUCAAAUUAAGAAAGCAAUUAUAAUUAUGAUGUAUAAGAUUCUAUAUUAUCUGAUCCUUCUGUUGAAGAAUUAAGUUUAGAAGAAUAAAGAUGUAUAAAUUCAAUUAUUAAAAAAAUUGAAUGGAGAAUGAAUUAAGAUGGUGGUGAUCCUUAUGAUGUUAAAUAAGAAGAUUUUGAUUAACAUUCAAAAAAGAUUUCUUCAAAUCGUUAUCCCAAACAUAUCAAAUAAUAAUAACAAUAAGAAGAUCCAUUAAAAAAUAAUGAUGAAAUUCCUAUAUAAAAUAAGGAUAAUAAUAAUUAAAGUGAUUAAAAUAUUAAUAAUCAUGAUAAACAAUAUGAAAAUAUUAAUAAUAAAUCAUAAUUAAAUAUCUUAACAUUAUAAAUUAUGGAUUUUACUUAAAUUUCAUCAGAAGAAUCUUAAUAAUUAUAAUCAUGUUUAAUUAAUAAAGAAAAAAAUAGAAUCUAUUUUGCAACUUAAGAACAAAUUAAUUUAUUCUUCAAAAAUUAGUCAUAACCAAAUUUGAAUAAAGAUAAUCUAUUAAAUUAAGGAUUAUAUGGACAUUUAAGUAAUCCUAGUCUACCUAGUUAUAAUAAUAUCUUAAGUAAUAUAUUAUUAAACUAAAAUGUUGAAGAUCCUAUAUAAUAAAAUUAAAUACCAGAGAAUCAAAAUAGUAUUAAUUCUUACUUUCCAUUUUUUCCAUUUAAUAAUUAUUAGUAAUAGUAUUAAGGAACAACUUAAAAUGUAAAUUAAAGAUCAGUCUUAAAUUUUCCACCAAAUUUGAAUACUCAUAAUUUUUAAUAAGUACCUAAUUAUCUUGCAGGAUUCAAUUAUCAUGUUGCUUGUUAUCCUUAAUAAUAAUAAUAAUAUAAUCAAACAUUUUAAAAUAGUGAUAAAACAUAAGGAUGA